ACGUAAUGUAACGUUACAGGAGGAUGUCAAGGUCAUUACGUUGGAUUUGUUUGAUAUCUAAUAAUGAUUGCUAAUAUUAUCGACAAUGAUGACUGUGAGCAUGUAGACAAUGUAUUAAAUGAACCUGUUUCAAUUGCACAACUUUUUGAGCUGGCAUAUAGUUCCAUUAUAAACAACAGUUAUAGUUGUCUGAAGAGUAUAGUAACACAUCCGCAAUUUGAUUUGUACAAACCUUUUGAAGCUGAUGGAUUUAGUCUGCCAAUUUUGCACCAUGCAAUCCGCCUGAGGAAUCUUCUUGCAUGCGAACUUUUAUUCGAAGUUGGUGCAAAUCCAUUGGUUUGUAAUGGUCAUUGCUGUGAAGAGAAUAGCAAAGAUGUAACAUGUGAAGAUGCCGUACAGCUCGCUUUUAAUUUGGCCUCGAGUUCAGAUUGUCAAAAUGCUAUAGCGCUUUUAGUUCAAACAAACCUGCAUGCACUAAUUACAAAUAUCGUAAAAGCUUGUGAAAAUGGGGACAUCAAUUCACUGGAACAAUUAUUACCAUCAAAUUUACGUAUUCAUUGUACUCUAAAAAGGCUUGUUAGUAGAGAAUUUUAUGAGAAUACUUCUCCCAGCCGGAGAACACAGUCGUCCAAUCUACAGUCCUUAUCCAGUAAUAAUAAUAAUAAUGGUAAUAAUAAUGAUACUAAGCAGGAUAAAGAUUCACACCAACCACCGAUUAUUACUUUAAUAUCGAAUAGACUGAGAAGUUUAGCAUUCAGUGGACGUAGAUCAACAUCAUCUGAUAUAACAGAUGGUCAAGAACAAUCUGAACAACACCGGAGUAGUACAUCAGCGGUCUUAUUGUCCGAUACAGGUUUCCAUUUGGAUACGGAGACAAAUUCAAUACCAUUACCCUUAAAUAAUAUUUUAGAAUGGACAGCAAGUCAACUGAAACCUCUCCUAGUGAUAUGUGUAAAAAACAAUUUCAUACAGUGUCUUAUAAAAUUGUUAAAACUCGGUUUUCAAGUAAUCCCAAUAACUGCUGCUUCUUCUGCUUCUAUCUUAUCUGCAUUGUCUCUACCGCCGCCUCGAUCAUCAGAAUCCGGUAACGGAGAAUUCCAUAUUGAUAAGAAAUACAAUAAUGAUUUGUACACUUCUAACUGUUCAUCCUUUGUGAAUGAUUUAAAAGUUUUAGUUGAAAAGACCACUUGUGUACGCAGACAACAAUUAUGGAUUGAAUCUGUGUUAGCUUCAAAUGAGGAUAGUGCUAUUCAUGUUGCUGUACGUUUAGGCUAUCAGGAGGCAGUAGAAGCAAUAAUUCAGUGGGAUCCUGGAGCAAUGAAUGUUCUGUUAGCCGGUGGUGAAAUGGGUAUUCUACCUAUACACAUUGCUUGCGCUUUUGGUCGUUUCAAAUGCUUACAAUUAUUGUUAUCAACUACUCAAAAUUGUCCAGUUGAUGUUAUGACCGAGAGAGAUUUUGAUGGAAAUAUUCCUUGUCUGGCAAGUGAAGAUUGUUGUGGAUUAUUUUCUUGUCGAAUGACAGAUGGAUCACCAGCUUUAUACAAAUAUUAUUAUUGUAUUGAUCAACUUGACUGUCAUCACAUGACCGCUUUCCUGUUAGGCGUUAUCCAUGGACAAGUGAAUAUUGUGCAUGAAUUAUUAACAUUGAAAAUGAAAGCCAUGCGAAUAACAAGUCAAACAGAGCGUGUUCAACGUAUGCAAGAGACGAGCAGUCAACCUCCUAAUAAUGAUAAGUCAGAUAAAUCUAAUCAACAAGAUAAUGAUAUCAUUCAACGAUCUUCAUCUGAUCCUGAUCACUGUUCUAGCGUCAUCAUCUAUGCUGAUGUUUGUCCGAUUGAUAUACAUCGGAAGAUAUCAGCUUGUUGGUAUUUCAAAUCUCCAUCUGUCGGAAAUAACACUGAUAAUAAUAAUAAUGAUAGUGAUAGUAGGAGUAGUUCUGCAUCAGAUGGCUACAAUCGACCUAUGCUUAUUCUGAAUCCACGAUGUCAUCAAAGCUUGGAAGGAGGAUAUGCUGUUUGUGGAUAUUUCAAUGCUUUACAACUUUCUGUUAUGACGGGAAACUGUAAAUUGGUGUCACUUUUAGUAAAUUAUCUUAAACAAGAGGUGAAUUCAUCCUGUAGUUCAUGUAUCCAUGGUCAUUGUUAUACUCAAGAGGAGAAUACAUCGAAAAUCCCAUCUUCAUCAUCAUCACCAUCUUCCAAUUCUACAUCUCCAGAAUUUGAUCUUACUGAAAGCUAUGCGAUGGAUUCUAAAACUUCAUCAUUACAAUCGUUUAUGACAACACCACUUGGUUUAGCAUGUUGUUUAUAUGAAGCUGAUGAGGCUAAUUCUCUUCUGAUCGCAUCGAUUCUGUUGAACGCAGGUGCUGUCGACUUCAACAAUCACUUAUUAAUAUAUUCAAUCAAUAAAUCCUAUCACAAAUUAACCGGCCUACUAUUAAGUAAUCAAGCAUCAAGCUUCAGUAAGUUGAAUGAAAAUCCUAAAAUAACACUUUGCAAAAUGUCCAGUUGGAGGUCAUCAGUUGGAGCAAAUGAAAAUUCCAAGUUUGCUGAUAUAAUUACCACUGGACGUUUGAAUCUUGCCAACAGAGCACCAUUUCAUCCUUCAAUUAUUCCAAAUUCCCAUUGGUAUUUUAAUCCAGUUAUACCGUUAUGGUUUAAAGUAAUUGAGAGCGUAUCGAAAUUGUUCUUCAGUGACGAAAAUUUGCCAGUGUCGUCGUCAUCCUCGUUGUUGCAUUCUAUUGCUUCAGAAGACAACAAUAACACCAGCACUCUUGAUGUGUUGUAUCAGAGUAUCAAUCGUCAGCUUGUUGUGUCAUUGCCUUCACCAUCAUUUACCAGGAAGUAUUUAGACAGUGUGUCAUGUCAAAUAAUUACACGUAUCAAUCUAUCGAAUUGUGGUUUACAAACACUUCCAUGGUGUUUAUUUUGUUGUCUUAAAAAUUUAAAGGAAUUAGAUUUAAGUAAGAAUUGUAUCAAAAAGUUACCGAAACGUCUACCCAGUGUUCCUGCUUCAUAUCGUCAAUCUCAAUGGGCAGCAUGUUGUUGGACACGCAGCCUUACAUAUUUAGACCUAUCAGAGAAUCAUCUUCAAUAUUUGCCUACCUGGUUAUUUAUCAAUAAAGCUGAAUCUACCAACCUGUUGACAUCCUGUAAUGAAGAGGAGUUGUUGAAUGGGAAAGGGAACUCUAGGAGAGGCGGAGGAGGAGGAGGCGGCGGCGGCUCCGGAGGUGGAGACAUUCAGUCGCCAUGCCUAAAUUCAAAUAACUGUAUUCCACCACAUCGUCGUCGAUGCUAUUCCGAGAAUGAUACUGACACUGCGAAUAGCUUCAGUAUGCGUUAUAAAAUUAUGUCAAAUGAUACAUUUGCCCCGAAUCUAUUGUAUCUGCUGCUUUCAAGAAAUGAACUUUACAAAAUACCCUGUGCAAUAUGGUCUAACAGCGUGAUAGAAUUUCUUGAUUUAAGUUGGAAUAAAAUAGGCUAUCUACCUAUGCCAUUUAUGCUGAAAGCACAAUUUGAACAAUCUAGACAGCUGUAUAAAGAAUCAUUGAAUAUGAAGUUACACUGUCCUAACAAUGCCGGGAAUAAGUCUUCUAAACAUUCAGUAAAGAAUAUUGAUGAUUGGCCAUUCACUGUGGAUUGUGCACAAAGAGUUUAUAUCCCAGCUAAUCAGAUUUUAACCCCUGUAACAAAUCUUCCUCAUCCUACGCGAAAUGAUCAAAUAGACAAAAGAUGUGACAAGAAAAUGAAUGACUUUGCAUUACAUCACGUUGGAGAACAAACCAGUAGUCGUCUUACUCACCUAUGGUUACAUCAUAACUGUUUAAAAACACUCCGUCUUAUUAUUCCACCGAAUUCAUCAAGUCAUACUGCCAAUGUGAAACACCUGCAUUCAACACGUUUACAUUCAUCCAAGUCAUUGUCACUUGCUCAAAUCUGUCCAAAUCUUGUCUACCUGGAUGUUAGUUACAACCUUAUUCAACAUUUGUCAGAUUUAUUUCUAUGCCCAAAGAGUUUAGUGCAUAUCGAUUUAAGUUAUAAUCGUAUGAGAACGAAUAAUAAGACAAAUAUCCGUUAUAGCAGUAACAAUGGCAACAAUAAAAACUCGAGUAGUAAUCAUACUCUGAAUGAUUCGUCUUCAUUGUCAUCGUCGAAUCAUUCUGGAAAUCUGAUAUCAUCAUCAGCUAACAUAUCAUUUCGUGAGAAAACUUCAUGCAGUUUCUUCUCCUGUUUAUUGUAUGGUUUAAGCUGUGAGAAAUCAACUACACCGUAUCAAUUCCCUAAAUUGGAACAUCUCAAUCUAAGAGGCAAUCGAUUUCGUGAAUUCUCCUGUGUCAAUUCAUCUAUUAUUACCCCGAAUGAAUCGAAGAUGUUCAAUAAUCAAAAUAUUAAAGGAUUAUCAUCGUCAAUGUUACUACUACUACUACCAGUGCCAACAUCAGAAUUUAUGCCUGCAUCUGGUCAUGAAAAGUACAUACUGUUUCCAAAAUUAAAAUCAUUAGAUUUAAGUGAAAAUGCCAAUUUACAAUCUGUUCAUUCUGAACUAGUUCGCUUAAUUAAUUUACAGUAUCUUUCACUGGAUAAAUGUGUCAGUCUGAAAGAGAUUCCAGGGGAUUUAUACCGUCUACCGAAUUUGCAUACUCUUCUGUUAAACAAAACACCAUUUCAAGAAUAUUUUGUAUCAGUAACAAAUAAGAAAAUAUCCAAUCGUCAAAACAAUAAUACUACUACUAAUAAUAAGGAUUGUGACGAUAAUGAUCUGAAUAGUGUUCACAAGAAAACGUAUACACGUCAUAUUGUAUCAUAUUUAAAAUCAAUAACUGAUCAACCUAGUCCAUUUACUCGCUUCCGUUUAAUGGUUGUCGGUCCAACAGGUGUAGGUAAAACUACUUUAAUUCACCUGUUGAAGUCAUGUGAAGAAUGUGAAUCACCGUCAACGAAGAAUACUUCCAAGGAACAACCAACUCAAGUGAAUUCGGAUCAUCAAGCAACAUCAUCGCCAUCAGCUUCGCCAUCCUCGUAUAUGCAAUCCGAUCAUAAACCGAAUGAUACGUCGGCUUUCGUCCUGGUUACACAACUUUCAUUACAUCGUCCGUGUAAAUCUGCUGAGCCACCGAUUAAUACUAAUACCUCAAAUGAAUUUGAUCAGCCAAUAAGCAAAAAUACUUCCCCUUGUGAUACUGUAUCCUUCGAAGUUUGGAAUGUACGAGGGCCAAGUCGAGAAGUUGUGGAUAACGUUUACAACUGUGAAAUUCAUCACUCUCAAAUGUCAAAUGUCAACAAGAAAGACACUCUCCACUCGCAUAUCGAUCCAAUAUCUUCUGAAUCGAUCAGUUAUCCCUCUGAGAUAUUGAUCAAUACAGUUAUGGGUAUACAUUGUGAACUGACUGUAUAUUUAGUACUUUGGUGUAUAUCUGAUGGUGUAUUAGGGUUGAAUAGAAUCACUCCAUGGUUAAUGAAGAUUCAGGCAAUUAACCCUAACAGUCCAAUCAUUCUUAUUGGUACAUAUACUGAUUCCGCAGAUACGCCUUCUAUUGAAAAGGAAAUAAAUUCAUCACAAAGAACACGUCAAAUUACAAAUGCUGCUGCUGCUACUACUACUACUACUGCGAAAAAUAUAAGUAGUGUUAGUAAUAGUAACAACAAAAAAAUGUCAAGCACUUCAAAUUAUGACCUACAAUCAGCGCUAAUGGAAUCACUUGUUCGAAAUCGAUUUUUUACAAAUCCUGAUUUACCCGCCUAUGGUCUGGCAAAUCUGCAUAGUUGUGUUUUUUUAAAUCUAAGCGCGAUAAAACAUCAGCAAAUAACAAUGAGUAAUAAUAAUAAUAUUGGUAAUAAGGAUUAUGAAUUAUUAAUGAAACAAAUUUAUGAACUGGGCACACUAAUUCAUAAAGCUGCGUGUGCUUUGAGUGUUUCAAAUCGUAGAAUUGGUACUCUGUUACCAAGUGUUUCAUUGAAUUCAACUUCAUGUCUGUCAUCAUUCGUACAGUUACCAAUUCCUAAGCUAUAUCAUGAUGCACUGAGGAUAACAGAACAGUUGACCAAUGAAAUGUUUUCUGCUCAAAUGCUUCCAGUUAUAGAGGUGAAUGAAUUUUUAUCUCUGUUAAAUCGACGUCUAUUUGACCACUAUUCAUCUUCUCAACCUUUACGAAUUUGUAUGACAUCGUCAAACUUGGAUAUCAGCAACAGCAGCAACAGCAGUGGUAACAAAAGUGGAUUACCCUCUGAUGUCCAAAAUCAAUCACCACUUUAUGUUACUACAAACACUUAUGGAUUUUAUACUUAUAGCGAAAUGAAGACACCACCACCACCACCACCCCCUUGUGAAUCAUCCAGACGUAUUGUAUUCCUAUCACCUAUUUGGUUAAUCAAUAUUUUAUUAAAACUAAUCACCUAUCUUCAUAAGGAAUAUUUAUAUGAUAAAUUUAAUAAAUAUCCCGCUAGAAGAAGAGAGGAUAUCCUCUGCCCUUUGAAUGAUUGUUGUAAGUCAGUUAAUUCGGCACCGGAUAUUCUUAGUUUACUUCAACAGAAGCAUCGUCAACCCUCUUGUGAUGGUCAACGUGGAGAUGAUGGCGACGAUGGUCAUGAUGAUGUUGAGGGGGAGGAGGAGGAAGAGGAAUAUUAUCCUGGUUGUUCGUCGUCUUCUUCAAAGAAUAUUUCAGCUGUUAUGGAAUCAUCGUAUCUAUUACAAUUGAUGAAAUCUCUACUCAAAAUUGAUAUCAGUGACGAUAAUAAAUGCGAGAACAACAACGAUUAUGAUCACCGGCACAUCAUUAGCGGAAGAAAUUUCCAACUGGAAAGUAUCUGUAUUGAAUUACUUCAACAGAUGGAAUUAAUUAUACCUUUAUAUGAUGGAGAUAUGAAUAUUAAUCGUAGUGGCAAUAAUCAUCACAAUAAUAAUAAUCGACAAUAUUUAAUAUCGUCCUUAUUGGCUACACGCUGUUUUCAAUCAAGUCGACCACAUUCGUAUUUGCAACCAGCAGUCAUUCGAUAUAAGCAAAUUCAUGUACGUUCACAAUCGGUUAGUUUUCCAGCUAACAUACGAUCAAAUGUACAUCGACGGUAUAAAUCCAAAUUACUGAACAAGAAUGACUAUAAAGACUUGAGUAAUAAUAUAGAAGGUAAUAUAAGUAGUAUUGAGCAAAUCGACUGUAAAUCAUUACCACGACAACAAUUUAUUUGGUCAGUUCAAACGUCAGCUAGCAAAGAAAUUGUACGUUUGUAUUGCGUCACGUAUAUACCAAUGGGAUUUUGGGUACAGUUGAAUACACGUUUGUUGAAUGAUUCAAGUUUACAUGAAAUUUGUGGACGUAUUUAUAAUCUAUCAAAAUUACCGCCUCCAUUGCUUGAACAGAUGCUUAGCAACAAAAACUCCAAACAUUGUAAUCAUCAUUCUAACCAUUCUGGUCAUGGUAAUGCUUUUUGUUACUGUUGUGAUGAUGACAGUGACAAUGGAGGUACUCACAGAUCAUCUUCACAGGCAGCGUAUUCCAAUUUAAUGAAACCUGAAUGGACUGUAUGGAAACGUGGUAUGCGACUGUCGUUUGGUCAUGGACGUAUUGGUUUAGCACGUUUACAACAACUGACACGAACAAAUUGUGCAUUGUUAAGAAAUCAUUCACUUGAUAAAUCUAACAAUCGUAUGUCAAAUAAUUCCUCAGUAUCGAAUUCACCAUCCUGUUCAACUUCUCAAUGUGAUAGAAAUGAAAUAUCUUCUAUGCUGCUAUCCUGCUAUCAACAAAAUCUACUUGAAGAAGAAUGGGAUGAACCAUGUGCAACUGAAGGUGAAGAGGUGUUGGCAAGAUAUAGAAAAAUUUAUAAUAACAAUAAUAAUAAUAGUAAUGGUAGUGAUUAUAAUUGUUAUUUGAAGGAGAACGCUUCAAUGCAGCAGUCUACUACUGCAUCAAACAACAACUAUGGUGUUUAUCGGAGUGGUGUUGUUGAGACAAUUCAACAUUCCUAUGAAGGACGUUAUUUACGUCUUAUGCAUUGGACGGUAGAAGAAGAAGAAGAAGAAGAGGCGCCAACGAUAACGGAGGGAGCAGUGCCAACAAAGUCAUCACCUCAAUCAUCUUCACCAGCAUCAUUGAAAGCUAAGGCAACAGCUAGAUUCCCUUAUUAUAAUUCAUCUACAGUUAAAAAAACAGUAUCUGAUUUCGCGUUGAGAAAUAAUGGGCAUUUGGUUGAUGAAGAACACGAUGCCUUUCAAACUUCAUGUCUUAUAGAAAUCUAUUUACCAAAUUAUAAUAUUUAUUGGAAGCAUCAACCAAUGAAAGAUAAAUCUUCAUCAGUUGAUAAUGACGAUCAUGAUCAUGAUGGUGACGAUGAUAACGAGGAGGAGGCUGAGGAUGGCGGUAAUCCCAGUCAAAACGAAUAUCAAUCAAGAUUUAAGGGUCACAAAAGUCGUCAUAUUAUUGAGCAGUGCUUAACUCCUGAUAAACGUGCAAUAGCUGAACUGUUGACGAAACUAGUGAAUCAUCUGGACACUUUAUUAGAAGAUUGGUAUCCAGAUCUUGGUUCACGAUUGAAUCAAUCGAAUGAAGGUGUUUAUCUUGUGGAACGGAUUAUACCAUGUGUUGCUUGUCUUGCUGCUGCUGCUGCUUCGAAACCCACCCAAGUGAAUAAUAAUAAUAAUAUGAAGUCGAGUAAUCCAGAUCAAAUGGACUCUGCCUCUGCUAUGAAUAAUAAUCCACAAGCCACCACAUCAAGAUCUAAUGAAUUGAAGGAUAAAUAUAUUAGCAGGAGGAAACAUCGAUCUCAUCCUAUUCAUUUAUCAGUAUUUGAUAGAAAAUUGUCAGCAUCACUUCAAUUUAUCAAUCAUAGACAACAGUUUUCAGUAGAUCGUCCAAAUAGUCCGGCAUCCACCAGAGUAUCGACUAGUCCAGUGUCUAUUGCCUAUCAUCUGGCUAAAAUGCAUAUCGGUGAGAGUGUCAGUGGCAGUAAUCAGCAUAUCAACCCUACUACUACUUCCAGGAAGAAUUCUGUUCAUCGUAAUACUCCAAGCAGUCCCAAAUGGCCUUGGUUAUUUAGACGGAGUCAUCAUCCGAAGAGAUCUCAUUCUGUGGAUCUAUUACAAAAUACUGAACAAAACAAUCGAAUCAAUUCAUUGUCAACAAAUAACAACAACAGUGGCAACGGCAACUGGGAUUCCUGUUUACGGCAUAACUGUUAA